AUUGUUUCCUCCGCAUCAAGUCUAUGCGCACAUGUAUUCCUCUCAUCAAGCAACACUAUAACGAUCGGAAAUUUAGAUUUUUUUUUCCAUGCUCUUCUAGGUGGAGCGCAAGUGUUUGAGAGUAGACUAAGUUGGAACAGAACAGAAGAAGCAAGAUGAUGUCUGCUGCGAACGAAAGCGACGACAUGCCGCUCCGUAUUUGAUUCUCCACUUUAAUUUUUCUCGCUCUCUGACCCUAGUAGCUACCCUUCUUCCGUUUCGUCGAAUCCUUGUUCCUUCAGAAUUGACAGAUAUCCACCUUCCUGAACAGCCACCAACUCACUUACAUACGCACCACAGUCUUUUUCUCUCUCUCUCUCACUUCAAAAACAAUCGCUGAAAAAAAUUUGACUUUCAGAGUAUUCGGAUGCGGAUAUUUUGACGGACAAGUUGGAGACGUCUGUCCGCCAUGGUUUCGUCCGGAAGGUCAUGUCCCUGGUGGGGGUCCAGUUACUGGUCACAGCUGCGAUCGCUUUUCCCUUCGUGGUGUAUGUUAAGAAUGGUUGAUAAAGUCCCCUCUUUCCCAGUUAACAUAACUCCGCCACAAUAUAUUUAGAAUGGUGGAUUAAUAUGAUAUAUUUUUGAAUGGUGAGAGUUUCCCUUUGUCGCUUAUAUAUAUUAAGAAUGGUUGAGAUAAUAAUGCUGAAUGAUUGAUGAGAGGGCGCUGCAUCCAACAGAUUUACUGGGUGACUUUAGUCGUUUAAUGAGUGAUGACAACGAGACUUGAUUAGUUUGUGGAAAUAUUGAAGAUGUGAUCGUAGCGGUUUGAUUAAGUAGACAAAUGCUUGCUGGUUGAUUCAGCGCCUUCGAAUAUUUGAGAAAGCACCGGAGUGGAAUAUUGAGGAAAGUUCUCAUCAUUGUCUUCAGACGAAUUUGCUUGAAACGCAAUUUAAUAGCAGGAUGACUCUGACUACAUCUACAACGGUGGAAGCGUCUGGAUUUAAUUUAAGGGCGACAUUUCUCAUACUUGUCUAAUUCCAACGCUUCCGGGUUCAUCCAGAACAACCAAGUCCUUAUCACUAUCGCCAUGCUGAUUCCGAUCGCACUCAUCUGCUACAGGUACCAAAUCUUGUCUGCACUAUCCUAACAAGCGGCAUCCUAACAAUCCUUAGAGUCGAGGAAAAUCCUUUAGACUUCCUCAGAAUCGUCGCGGUAUCAUCUGCUACAGGUACUAGUACUAGAAUUAAGUCCCAUCUGCAUCUUAACACUCCAAAAGAGGUCUAUCCUCCCUUACAGCGCUCACAGCCUGUUCAUCCAUACAGCCGCCGCAGUGUCCUUCAGAAAUAUAGAUAGUCCACCCUUAGACCUCGCGCAUUUUCUCAACGCAGCUGCAGCAUCUUCAUGCUUACAACCUUACCGAUAUCCACUAUUUUGCUCCGUUCUUACCUGAAAUCAGCAUGUGCGACCCUUCAAUCACCCGUGAAUAUCCGAAGAACUACUGUUUUCUCGCUGCUAUCACAUUGGCUUUCGGACUGAUUGUUGGGGUCACGUGUUCAAUGUACACGACGUCAUCAGUACUCAUGUUAUGGAUGGUAUUUGUAAUAGAGGUGGACUCAAUAACUCAUUAGACGUUGGCUAGUACUAAACUAAGACUUUCAAGAAGUCGCAGAUAGAGGCGCAACUGACAUACCCCCAGAGUGGGCGCAUUCACUGACUCACUCGAGAUCUAUUUGGGGAUGCUAAUGCGCCCGUCUAUUUCUGUAGGGGAAAAGCGAUAGAAUGAAUAACGUCAGCGCUGUGGUCAUGUGCUGUGCUCAUGUACUUCUGGAGAUGCUCGGAGUUCGUUUAUUCUGUAAUUCUUUUCACUCUCGAAGAGCCCUACUCUAGAAGCCAGCUUUCUUCCCACCACCUCAGCCUCUUUCUUAACCUCCCUCCACGUCCACCCAUGCCCAAGUCGCUCUAAUCAUCGCCGCAGGAUUGACAGGAGGAAUUACGAUAAGUCUUGUGGCUUUCGCCUGCCAGACGAGCUAUGACUUCACUGGAUUUGGGCCAUACUUGGUAAGCAGUUUUUUUUUCGGUUUCGGUAGUCUUCAUUUGGUUUCAUUCUCCUCAGGAGUAUCUUUUUCUGGAGACCUCUUUCUCAGCAUGAUGUCCAUAUAUCAUUUUCAAGAAAAAUUCUCCACUUCCAAACCUUCCAAGUUAAUGUAGAACUAUAUUGAUCACAUCAGGGAUAGACUAUUGUUCCCUAUUCUGACAUUUCAAACCCCUCCCCUUUCAAAAAACCUCCUCCCCUUUCAAAAAACCUCCUCCCCUUUCAAAAAACCUCCUCCCCUUUCAAAAAACCUCCUCCCCUUUCAAAAAACCUCGUCCUCCCAACACCCCUUCCGAACAAACCUCAAAAAACCUCCUCCCAACACCCCUUCCUUCACAACCAGUUUGCGAUGCUCUGCUGUUUGAUGUUUACAAGUUUGAUCAUGAUGUUUCUGCCUGGGUCCCAUUCACGACCGAUGGAGGUGGUAUACAGUGGACUUUCGGCGCUGCUGUUCUUAUGGCUUGGGUUUUUAGACUGUCCUUUAGCUUGAAAAGUUGCCAAUCGCGGACGUUAUCUUCGUUCACAAGCAAGUGCACACUUUUCAUCGCGUCGUGUAAAGUCAGUCUCUCAUAGACGGUGCUAAAGUUAGUAUACAACGUGUAAGUACAUAAGAAACAAUGAUCGUAAGCGUAACGAACGAUGUUCGUUAAAAAACGACGCUUAAUCUUAGUAAACGACGCUUUGCCUUAGUAAACGACGCUUUAUCUUAGUAAGCGGGAUAUGGGGGAUGCAGCGUACUUGAGAACGAAGAUGACGCUGUGAAUCGGCUCUGCAAGUUGCCACUCAACUGCAACAUACGAGCGUCUCUUUUUUCCUGUAGCUAGUUUGGCUAGUAACACUUUUCUUGUCUGUCGUAAGAAUUUCCUCUCUAGUGCCUUUCUAUCUAUUCACAUGUGUAUCCAUCUAUCUAUCCGCCUAUGCCUCUUGCUAUCCAGGCAUCUCUUUCUCUCUCUUUCUUUCCAUCUAUCUCUCCUUCUACCUACCCACCUACGCUCCUACCUAUCUACCUAUCUAUGCUCUCGGUGCCCCUCUCAGAGACCACAGAAUGUUCUAACUUUUUCCUUCUACAUCGUUUUCGAUGUCCAGCUGAUCGUAGGAGGGAAGCAUCACCGACACCGUUUCGCUUUGGACGAAUAUUGUUUCGCUGCUCUCAACCUCUACAUGGACAUCAUCAACCUGUUUCUGCACUUUAUGAAGAGGAUGAGAGUUUAUUUGAAUGUAGUACUGAGAAGCUGGGUUUCGUUUUUCACUUUAUUACUGAGAUAGGAAGGAGGGCUGAUAAAUUGACUGAAUCAAUGGAGCUAGAAAAGAUACGCACAACUACCAGAGGUGUGAGUACUUUUAUCAAGAGAUGGUCCAAGCUGACAGUUGAGAAACACAGUUUUGAGGAGCUUCGCAACUGUUGAGAUAAGUUUUGUUCAAGUAGAUAUUCCAAAGGACACGUUCAUACCUUUGCUGCGCAUCUUCGGAGAGCGGCGUUAAGCAGAACAAUGGCACUACCGCAUCUUUGGAAAAACCGGCGUCGGAUGGGGCAAUAA